UAGUAAAAUUAUAGUGAUCAAUAUUUUUUUAUGGAUUUAUGCAUUUCAUCAUAUAAUCAGAAUAAUUGUGUGUAUCUACUAAUUGUUCAACUACCAAGGUUUAGUUUUCAUUCCUGCAGCUAUCGGCGCUGUGAUCUGUGCUUGACGAAUGGCCGAUAAACACACAAUAUAUAGUACAGAGUUAAUAUUGGAUAAAAUUUGGGAAGGUUUCGAAGUAGAAAAUUUGUAAGAAACAUUAAAUUUAACUUUCUUUGUGAUGCACGUGGUGUUCUUAUAAAUAGUGUACAUACAUUAUGCUUGCAGAUCUAUAUGUUUUUGUAAAAAAAUAUUAAUAAUUUAAUGAUAGUAGUAAACAUACAGAUAUGAAAAGUGAAGCACUUUGGAAACGUCGUUUCUGUCGGACAAAAUCAAAAUACAUGUUAUUAAUUGUAUUUGUCGCUGGUAUUGUUUUCUUCAAACAUCAAAUAUUUUAUCUUAAAGAAUUGAAUAGCGCGAUCGUGGGUAAAUUAAUAACCGGUUCCGUACGAACAUCUAAUUACAUCGUAACCGGAAAAGUACGUUCAAAAUGGAACGAACCGAAAUAUUCUAAAUUAAUACAAGAUAAAAAUGGCCGAACUGUUUCGUUACGUGGCAUACGUAACGAAGAUAUUACCAAGUAUCUUCCUAAUGCUAGAGAUAAGUUUGUCUGUUUUUCUUCGAAACAAGAAAUAGAUUUUAUUCAAAUAAACGACGAUUAUUGUGAUUGUCCAUUAGAUGGCAGCGAUGAACCAGGUACAAAUGCAUGCAACAACGGUACAUUUUAUUGUGAAAGUUCUUCGUUAAAAUUUAAAGAAAAAAUUCCUUCCUAUAAAGUCAACGACGGCUAUUGUGAUUGUUGCGAUGGUUCAGAUGAAUGGGCAGAAAUUUUGUUAUAUAUGCCUAAUGUUUAUCGAAAAUACAAAUUAACUUUGAGGAUGCAACAUGAACUGGAAAUCGAGAAGAAUGUUUGGGAUCCUCUUAACAUUUUUCACGUCAUUGGCGACUAUAAAUACGCCGUUGUUGUAUUAAAUUGUCCUAUAUGUUUGAAAUAUAAUUUGAUGUUUCAACUUUGGGAAAAAGCACAAAUAACUGUCACUGUUGAUGGAGGUACACACAGAUGGUUAAAUUAUUUAAAGGAACAAGGAAUAGAUGUACUUAAUGGAAAUUAUAGUAAAUAUGUACCAACCUUUAUUACUGGUGAUAUGGAUAGUUCUUCACCAUAUACCAUUCACAGAUUACAAGAUAUUGGUUCCAAAGUUAUCAUAACGCCUGAUCAAAUGUUUACAGAUUAUACAAAAGCUAUAAUGCAAUUGGAUCUUCAUAUUAAGAAAGAGAAUAUAACUUUAAAUGGUAUAUUUGUAAUAGUAGAAAAUUCAGGCAGAUUCGAUCAUCUACUUGGCAAUAUUAAUACGCUUCAUAAAGCUGAAAAAAUUAUACAAAAUGUACAGAUAAUACAAGUUGCAAGUGAUUCAUUAACAUGGCUGCUAAAGCCAGGUUUCCACAGGAUAAAAAUACCCGACAUAUUGCUUGAGAAAAAUAAUUGGUGUGGACUAUUGCCGAUAGGUGCACCUGCUAAUCAUGUAUCGACGACUGGUUUAAAAUGGAAUUUAGAUAAUGCAUCUAUGCAGUUUGGUGGCUUAGUUAGUACUUCAAAUACAUAUGACAAAUAUCCCGAAGUAACUAUAAAUACAGACGUACCUUUAAUUUGGACGAUGGGGAUUGAACCGUUAAUGAAUACUAUAAAUGAUAUGGAGAAUUCGUCUAUGAACACUCGUCUAUGAACACAUUAAUAUUAUAUAAUAUUCUAUUAUAUCUUUCUUAGUUUAUUUAGUUUCUUAGUAUAUUAUUUAUUUAUGAUAAAAAUCUAAGGAACUUGUAAAAUAAGAAACAUAUAUGGUUAUAAUCAAAGAACUUUCAUUUAUUAGUAUUAUUAUUAUUGUACAUUAAUAGAACAAUUUGUUAAAUUUAUAUUUACGAAAUCAAACUUAUCUGUUAUUUGGGGCAGGUAUUAAUGAAAUCUCAGAGAUUUUCAUAUUAAAAUAGACUUUGAUUUUUAUAAAUUAAGGACUUCAAAGGUAUCUUUUCAAGGAUUAUAUGAAUUUCAUGUACAUUCUUUGAUAAUUUUUUAUAUACCUGUUUACUUGGAAGUACAAAGUACUUAUUCGUUGCAAAUGUAAAAUGAAAUUAAUCAUAACAAAUAUUGCAUAAAAAAUGCAGUUAAAAAUUGUCAAUGUAAGGGUAUAUUACUUGAUUACUUUAGAAAGAAAUAACAAAUUUAAUUUUCCUUUACAAAAAUAUUACUUAAAAAGCUAUAUCUAGAUUAAUUAUUUUUAAUUAUUUUCGUAUUUACAGUUCCUUUUUAAAGUCUAUAUCACAAAUUAAUUAUACACAGAAGAAUCUCUACACUGGAAAUAUAAAUAUUUAUAUUUUUCAGACAAAUAAACAUAAAUUCUUUUAGGUAUCUUUUGAUUAUUUAUGGAAAGAAAAUAUCGCGUAUGUAGUAUUCAUGUGCCCAUAAAAUAAUAUGACAAUGUAACGUGUGUAAAUAAUACAUUUAUCUUUUUUAUCUGCAAAUAUCAAAAUAAAAAAUGUUACUUUCAUGAAAUUCUUUGAAAUAUAUUCAUUAAUAUAUGUAUUUAACAUAACCGUUUUAAAUAUUAAAUAUUAAACAUAUUAAAUUAAAAGAUUCAAGCCAUUAUUUGUGUAUUUCAAAAAAUCAAGAUAUAUUUUUAAACAAUUACGUGUAUUUGUAUGUAAUAUAACAGGAUAACAGAUCAAAAUAUUUUAACUUCGUAAUUAAUUGUACGAACCUUCAUUCAGACAUAUCUAUGUACUUAACGAGUCAAUGAAGAAGACGCGUAAACAAGUUUGAAAUAAGCAAAGCUGAGUGAAAUGGCAAGAGUGGGGGAGGUAGAAGAGAGUAAGGAGAGGGAAGAGGAUCGUAUGAUCGAUGUUCUGCACGAUUCGUAGCAAGGAAAUACGGUUACAUAAAUCGUAAGAUUUGGCACGGUUAUUUGCAUAUGUAAAGAAGAGAGAAAGAAAGAGAGAGAGAGGGAGACAGAGAUAAUAAAAAGUUUUGAAGAAGGAGUCCGUCAAGGUAGAAGAAGAAUCGAUAGAAUUAUUCGUUGAGACGAUCAGCUGUCAUCAUGUUUACAUUUGCCGUUGUCGAGUCGUUAAGAGUCGAUGAGGAGGACGCGUGAAAUAUAUUUGCUAGUGGUGGGGAUAACGGCCGUUGGGCAGUUCUCGACGAUCCGUCGAACCGUUAAUAUUGAUUCGUACUUUUUUACUCAUAUUGAUACGAGCGCGGGAAAACGUGGCAAACGGUGGCGAAACAAUCAAGAGAUAUAAAAAUUCGCGUACGUUUUUGCAAAUGCGUCGUCAACGUAAUUGGAUAUUAUCAGGAGGAACGAUCUAUAUAGAGUUUUAAAGUAGCGUUUCUGGAGAAGUUGAUUAAAGAGGCAAAGAAACGUCGACGAUGAGUUUACACGGUAACGGUUUUAAGAUUUGCCCACGGAUACGCCUCGCUUUUUGAAAGAUUUUCCUGCGUUGAAUGACGUACGAAAGACGCAAUGAUAACGACAAAUUUACAGUAUAUAGACUAAUAGCGACAUUAACGUUACACUUUCUUAUAUUUAGUACGAGAGAUACCAAUAUUAAUUGAUUCUAAAUCAUGGAAAUAUGUAACUAUAUUUACGAUAAUACGUACGAAUAUUUGAAAGAAAUAAAAGGAAAGAACGAUUGAUGAUU